AUGACAAGGCUAUCGAAUACGCCUGCAAACUCCAGCAUCUCAUCGGCCUCGGCGCCGUCGCCGCUACAUCGCCUGCCUGUCAAUCCCCGCAGGAAGAAGGUCGCACCUGAUGAACGCAAGCGUGUGGCCACUGCCUGCAAUAGCUGCAAUGUGCGCCGCAUCAAGUGCAGCGGCGAGCGGCCGUGCCGCCAGUGCACCAGCGCCCAGCGCGAGUGUCUGUACCCGGAGCCCGUCGAGCGCGUCACCAUCCCCAGGGCUGAGCUCGAGUCGCUGCAACGCCGGUGCGCCUCGCUCGAGCGCCAGUUGGCCGCCACUGAGCGGAGUGACCCUCGGCUAGAACCCGGGCAGCAGGCCGCCUCGCCUCCGACAUCAUCCAACAGCACGCCAUCGUCCUUGACUGGCGGCACGCCGCACACCGUACGGCUGGGAGGCAUCGACGGCAGGAUGCUUGCCGACCCCGCCGGCACUUCUCGCUACCUCGGAGAGACGUCCGGGGCGACUUUCCUCGACACGCUUAAGGAGCUCAUCGUCACGGCAGCGCCAUUGGCCAAGGUGCUUGAUGGCGACUCGGGGAGAAACCCGGCAGGCGCCGCCUUCCUUGGGUCUCUCGGCCAGUACCAGACGCACGACUCCCGCCCAUUGGUGUUGCCGGUGGCUGUCGAUCCCCUGGCGUUACCUUCGGAAGCCGAGAUGUCGUCGGCUUUGUCGCAGGCUCGUUACUUCAUCCAGGACGGCAACGGUAUCUUUGCGAGUGGCGGCAUCAUGUUCUGGCCCUUUGUUGAUAUCCAGGAGAUCCUCUCGCUUGCUUCACUCCCGGGCACGCAGGGCCCCGGUGAACCGAAACGACCGGGACCUCACCAUCGCCCUCUGGCCCUGUAUCAUGCCUCGUUUGCCUUUGUCCGAAUGUUGAACAUCAGGGAUCCCGGUUCUGCUGUCGAUGGCCAGCUCGGGGAGGAGUACUUUGCCAGGGCUCGCUCGCUACUGGGCAACCUGCUCGACCGUACCACAUACACCAUCACCGACAUCGCGGUGCUGGCUCUCAUGGCGCUGUACCUGAUUGAGAACAAUCGCCGAGACGCAGCCUACAUGGCCAUUAGCAAUGCCAUGACCAUCAGCGUCAUGCACGGCCUCCACAAGGGAGGUUCGGGCAAUGAAAUUGGCGUGCGGACAUUCUGGACCGUCUACGUCCUGGACAGAUGGCUGGGAUGUGUCAUGGGCCGGCCGCCCACGACACCAGAUGACGCCAUUACUCUUCCUCUUCCUCGAGAGUACCCCGGGCUUCCGUCGCCGGCCGGUCUCCGUGCGCAUGUGGAGCUGUGUAAGAUAUCGGACUACAUCGUCUACAGCAGCUACAGGGAAUCCGGGCUGCCAGAUCUUCUGACAAAUGCGACGGUUCGCGUAGGCAAGGCGCUGGAAAUGCUGAGGACUUGGCGUGCGAACUUGCCGCCCGCCCUCCAGCUCCCGGCGGACCCCCUAACGCUCCUCCCGGUCGACAUAUUUACCAUGGCCGCCUCGUUCGGGCAGGAUCCAGCCGGGCUGCUGACCGGCGCGGCCAGCUUCGGGCGUGACCGGGCCUGCUGGUCUCUGCACAUGAGCUACAAUCAGCUCGUGAUUCUGGCAAUCCGGCCUGCAAUGCUGAUGGCCGUCUGGAAGGCCGUCGCCAGCAUCGUCUGCGACAACUUGCCCUUCGACAUGGAGAACCACCCUCACCUUGAGCCGAUCCGCGCCUGCAGCGACGCCGCCCGACGCAACCUGCGACUGGGCCGGCUGAUGCGGCUCCACAGCCCCCGGCAAAAGCUGCUGCUGCCCGACCUGCACAACAUCUUCAACGCCGCCAUCGUCCUUAUCAUGCACCAGAUGGUCUUUGUCAACCUGAGAACCCAGGAUCUGGAUGAUGUGGGAUGGACCAUCGAGGUGUUUGACACGGAAGCCGAGACGGGCAGUGAGUACGCCAAGGACUGCGCGCGUGUUUUGCACGACUUCAAGUACCUUGCUCAGCGCCUGCGGAACCCCAUCCACGACCCGGGCACUAAGCGGGUCCUCUUGUCUGACGAAGGUGCCCUGCGUGAUCUGCUGCCGAGCGAAGCGGCCUCCGCUGCUGUGGUGGAUGGAAGCAGUAGUCGUGGGUCUGCUACCACCAACGGCGAGGCGGAGAAUCCGGGGCAUCAGGUGAAGCGUGGGCCGCAGCUGUACCAGAGGGUGGCUGCCAUGUACCAGACGCUGUCUUGUUGGUGGCAGGCCGACUAUAUGCAGUUUUACAGUACUUUUCUUUCUUAG